AUGACGUCGUGUUGGUCAUCGGUGCUGGCGGUCAUCGGUGGCUACGCAGAGGACGACGACCCGGACAUGCAGAAGGGGGAGGAGAAAACGUCCGCCACGCUGCACCGCAGGCUGCUCGCCGGCUGGGCAGCCGCGGCGUCGGAGAAGGAGGAGACCAAGAACCUGACGGCGGAGGUGCAGGCGCUGGAGCGCGCGCUGGCGGCGACCAGCAUCUCCCGGGAGGCGGCCGAGGCGAGGCGGCGGGACGCCGAGGCGUGCGCCGAGGCGGCCGAGACCGAGCUGCGGGCGGCCACGGCGCGCCAGGAUGCCCAGGUGGAGGAGCUCCGGCGCGCGCUCGACGCGCAGGAGGACAGGGACGCGCGCAUCCGGGAGCUCGAGGACCAGAUACGGGACCUCAACAAUGCCACCAGCAAGUGGCGCUUCUUCUAG